AUGGGCGGGCCACCGGGCGACUCCUCGGCCGUGGGCGGCUUGGAACGGGCGCUGUCCUCCCUCGACAUGGCCAACUCGCCCCGCCCGCCAACCAAGACGUCACUUAUCGACCUCCCGGACGACAUCCUGUACCACAUCGGCCUCUUCCUCGAACCCCCACCAGCGACGGUCGAACCACACUGGCACACGUUUUCUACGGGCCCAUUGCCCUCGUUUGCGGACACACGCUCGUUCAGAGCGAGCUGCAGGAGCGUCGCGGCCGCCGUGGCCCCGCCACCCCUCGGGCUCGACUUCCCGCUCGACAGAGCCGCGCUCGCCAGCGCCGGGUACACGGGCCAGGGAGGUGAACGGGAUCUCGACGCCAUCGAGGCAGCGGCGGACAGUUUGAACAUGCGAAUGGGGUGGUGGGCCCAUACUCCGCGCCAUGUCUUGAGCCGACUCAAACGCAUCCGCUUCCCGGAAAGCAUGACCCUCAUGCACACCGACUAUAUCUCGCCGCAGCUAGCGAGGCAGGCCAUGCUGGAUUUCACGUUGCUGCUCUCACGCGCGCCCGCCUUGGCCACGGUCGAGAUUUUCCACAACCCAUUCUGCGCGCACGACGCGUACGGCCGGGGCGAGUACCGGGAAUGCAAGCUGCGGUCCGCCACUGCUGCGGCGCCGCUGCACCUGCCCAGCGUGCGCACGCUGGUGGUGGGCGUCAAAUGCCGCGUGUGCGCCAUCCACCUCGCGACCAUGCUCUCGGCCGCGUGCCCCAACCUCACCUCGCUGCGGUGUGCGCUCAUGCGCGGCGCGCCGCUGACCUACGGCGACGACAUGGCCGCCGCACAAUACUUGCCGGCCGGCACGCGCGUCCCCGCCGGCAUGUGGGCGCCAUACACCCUCCUCCCGCUCGCCGCCAGGUCGCUCACGGCGCUGACGUUGAAGGUCGACGAGGGCGGCGUGGUCCCGUUUGCCUUCCUCACCAACGUCCUCCGCUCCCUGGCGCCGUGCCAACGCCUGCAGGAGCUGUACGUCUCGCAAUAUGGCGGCAGCCGCAAGAUCGAGGUGGUGCACCACGUCAUGAGCCUGCAGCCCGGUGGUACCCACGAUGACUGGCUGCUUAACACCGCCGAGCAGGUGGACCGUCUGUUCGACGUCCUCGCGGCGUUUCCCGAGUUGCAAGCACUCGACCUGUGCGUCGGCCCGCGAACCAUCAUGCCGUCUGUCCCGCAUGCACCCCACGCCUCCAGUACCUUCGUCGAGAGGCUCGAGUGGCGCGAGGGCGCCAUGCGUGCCGCGCGUGUCAUGGCUGACCGCAGCACGGUCACGCGAGGGUGGUGGUGGGUCCAGGUCUCAGACCUCGAUUACAGCCAGUUGGAACGGUACGAGCGGUGGGCGUGGUGGAUCGGCCAUGACGGCGAGGUGGAGAUGGACGAGACGCCACAGCGCCUUCGGCCCAUGGUGGUGCGCAAUCAGGACGGACAAGGGACCGUUGUGGAUAUACCGUCAGAGGCAUGGAACUGA